UACUCCGAUGGCUGAACAAUUGUUGUUUACUGUCAAGAUUACAUACGCAAUAAGCUGGCCUAGUUAAAUGUGGCUCUUCAAUUUAGCAAUAUGUACUUUCCUGUUAUACAUAGUUGUUUGUUUUUAGGAAAGUAUUAUGAUUAGAAACAUGCACACUUCUCAGUUACAGGCUUCAUGACGGUCCACGGGUUAUCCUGGGACGAUGAAGUGGACGUGGUUCCAGAUGGCAGAGUUUUCUGGCAUUAUUAUCCUACUGCUGUUAAGUUUCGGAAAAAUCGUUGAAGGACGCUGCCCAAAAUACAUGUAUGAAGUCCCCAAUCGACCUGAGCUGUGUGACCUGUGUCGGAUCUGUCCUGACAAUGUGGAGGGGACACCUUACAUUCAGCCAGGUUGUCACGAGCAGCUGCCCAAUGGACGGAAAGUGCAGUGCAGCAAUAUCAACUUCAGCAAGCCAGCAUGUGCAGAGCGGAAGCCAGAGAUCGGCAGUCUCAGGUGCAGUGAUGGCAAUACUGUCUACAGCACCUGCUCAUUACGAUGUCCUCGGGGAUACAAGCCAACUGUGUCACAUAAUGUUACCUGCCUGGCAGAACCACACAUACAGUGGAGUCACCUGUCGCCCAUCUGUCAGAGUAAAAGACAAUCAAAACAGAAGAAAAAGCACAGACACAGAGUUUUGAGCGCAGUGGCCAUGUUCUUUAUAGUGGUGUUGUUCCUGCUUGGGCCGUGGUGUAUUCUCAUCUGUCUCAUCAGCUAUAACAAGAAACAAGAACAGCACAGUCUACAAACGGAACAAGCUGCAAAGAAUCCCAGAAGUCGAGUUGUGAUGAAGCUGAUUAACGCAGAGCACAGCCAAAGAUGCUACGUCCUCCGAAACAAGUGGGUCGCCAAAGAUGGUGCUAAUGUCACAAUCUCAGCCACACCCAAGGAGGAAGCUCUGACAGUAACAGCCUUGACAGUGGAGAAGAUAGGACCAAACAGUGCCAUCUACAUGGCUCCCAGGUCGGCACCAAGUCAGAUCAUCCUGCACAAUGUGUCAGCACAACACCCCGGGCGGUACAACUGGAUUGUCAACCUCAGUGAUGGUACCUCGGAGUGUGGGGUGUUCUUCCUAGAGGUGAAAGUGUCUGCAUUGUCAGGCCUGUCUAGACAAGGAACUGGGUUUGGGAGGCUCAUGAAGAACCGCAGUGACGUCCAGCGAUUGUGUGUCCUGUUAGAUCAGGAGGAGGUCCCGAGUGUCGUUUCUUGGCGUGACAUAGCCACGUCCCCCCUCCUCAACUACGACUUGCAGCAGAUCAAUCAUGAGGAGUACCAUCUGAAAGGUAAACCCUGGACAAAGGGCCCUACGAUGAACGUGCUGACACUUCUACACCAGAAGGGCACCACCAUUGCAAGUCUGACAGAGUUCUUGAACAAUCAUAUGAGUCCAACCAGUGAGCCUCUCCAAAUACUGAACAAGUACUUAUGACUAAUACUGUACGUUGUUUCUAGACAAGUUUUAAAUUAUUGUGACACAUUAAGGAUGGAGUGUCAUCAAAAUUUUAUGUCAGUCAUUUAAACAGUGGGAGUAGUCUUAUUAAACUUGUGAGCCAGGUCAAAACAAAGACUAUAUAAUAAAUUAUUUUACUAAAUUUUAAAUGUUGAUUUUAUGGUCUCUGGUCCCAACAAAAUUAUUACUUUUUUAAAGAAAAAUGUUUGUGUUUCAAAUGUAAGAAGCUGCCAUUUAGUAGUUCUUGUCAUUAAAUGCAACAUUACCCAGAGUGUUCGCUCAAUAGUGAAAAUAUUGAAGCAACUUAUUAUUUUGUUGCCUCUUGAACUGCCAUAAGUGUAUACUGUGAGCUGAAUCUAGAGUAAAUAAGACCUGAUUCAUCAUUACGUGGUGUACAUAUAUUCAAUAUAACCAUAGUUGGUGUCAUUAUAGCUCAUUUCUUAUGUGAUCUCAUUUAGCAUUGUUUCUGGUGUCCCCCGCCGUGAUAUUGCUGGAAUAUUGCUAAAAGCGGCGUAAAACCAUACUCACUCAUUUAGCAUUGUCAAAAGGAUGUGCCUUUUGGAUAUUCUUGAGAUGACAAGAGUUAUUUCCCUUGUCUUAUAAACGGACCGUGAUGUCACUCUAUUGUUCUUGCAAGGCAGUAUUUCUAGUCAUAUCCCGAUGGCCCGUCGAUUAGGGGGCAUUACUUAAAUAUUGUCCCUCUGCCACAGGUGUUACUUCAAUAUUGUCCCUCUGCCACAGGAUAUUACUUCAAUAUUGUCCCUCUGCCCCGGGAUAUUACUUCAAUAUUACUUGUUGUGAAGAUUGAUAUAACUUUGUCUUGCUACCGCUGAAUGCGAUCGUAAGACAUCACAUUAUUGAAAACUUCCAACAUUAGUACCGAUAUCUGGUUUCGAACCUGCAACCCUUCGCUUAUUAGCUUGGCGGUUUUAUUCACUAGGGUACGAAGGAUCACUGUGAAGAAUAAGAUUGUUUGUCAGCAUGAACCGUGUGUUCCUCACAAGACGAGUAGUGCGGGCAGCGCGCGUGCAGGACACAGGUAGCAUGUGCAGAGCAUGUGCAUUACGCAUGCAAGGCAAGGUGUCGGCUGCCAGUCUCAUCCCAGUUGAUUUCAACAGUAAAUACCAAAUAUUGAAAUUAUAUCUUUUGGUCGGUUUAUAAGUUGGAUAUAACAUGACCCGUGGGCAUUAUUGAAAAGUAAGCCCUCUUCCCUCGGGAAGUGGGCUUACUUUUCAAUAAUGCCCACGGGUCAUGUUAUAUCCUACACAUAAUGUCCUUUGUCCAUACUUUUAUUUGCAAGCAGAUAUGGCAGGCAGACGAAAUAGUUUAAAAAUUCAGUUUGGGUUGAAGGAUCUUUAAUCCUGACAAUAAAAUAGCAACAGUUUAAUUGUGAAAGUUGGAGCACAGUCAGGACAGUCCUGGAAUAUGAGAUGUAUAAUUGACAGGGAGUAAUAUUAUUGUGUAGCGGUGACAGCCUUGUGACACAGUAUUGAAAAGAGUGAUUUUUUAAACUAUUGAUGAAGCUUUCUCACAGACAGUUCAAAACCUAAAACUUGUUUCAUGCAUUAUGAUACCCUUCAUUUCUUUCAAGUGUAAAAGGGUUCUUGCCCCACCCUGUUGUUUCAUUUUGUAUGAGUGCAUUGGAUUAAAUAACUGAUGAUAAUGAUGAUGCUGAUGAUGAUGAUGAUGCUGAUGAUAAUGAUGAUGCUGAUGAUAAUGAUGACUGUGGUGAUAUACAUAUAUUUUGAUUCGGGGAUCUGCAACACAAAUACUUUGUCUAACCUAAUUACAAAUCGCAGUCAGUUAAUUUUAAGUAUGUCACAUAUAUUUAUGUACCUGGUAUAAGGUAUAUAUUGAUAACUUUCUACAUGGAAGUUAUCAAUAUAUACCUUAUACCGGGUACAUAAAUAAAUGUUUAGACAACUGUUCCCAACUAUGUGGUAAAACUCAUGUUAAUAUUUAUGUUCACUGAAAUAUUGUUAUGUAUAUAGUUUAUUGAUGCUUGCCACUGAUCUACAUAGUAGGAAUGUUUACUCACUGUAAGCCUCUUUGGAGCUUGUGACAGGUAAAUGUUGUACAAGCAAUCAGUGUUGAGUGAGUGAGGAAUUCAGACAAGUAUUUUGGAUUUGUGUGUGUCAAACAUGAUUGUGAUAAACGAUAUCUUAAUGGGAACAAUGCCAUGGAGUGUCCAUGCAAGAUUAUUUGGCAGGUAUAUAUGUGUUCUUUGGCAGUUUCUCUUUGCCAGAUUGAAAAUGUGUGAAUCAAGGGCUUAAGAAAGAGGCUUCUUGUUGGUUAACAACCCUCAGAUCUUUGCACGGAAAUAUUGAAUGAGAGUAAAUGAUUGGAUUUUGUGAAACUGAAGAAAGUGAAAAAAAUGAAAUCUAACACAAUUCGUUUAAACUGCUCAUAGCUAUAGCUUCUUAUUGGACAUCCCUUUAUCAUUAGUGUAAUAUGUAUCACUCUGUAUUGUGUUAUUUAAACCAUUUUUGGACUUUUCUCCAACAUCAAGCUGACACGCUGUGAUAUAACGUGAAUACUGAAGAAUGGGGUGAAUAAAAUCCCUUUUCACUCAUUCUCAAGUAUAUUAUUCACCCUGUUUGACAAGUUAUUGCUUUCUAAGAAACACAAGUUAGGGACUGUUCAUAAUUUAUGGCUAGGGUGUGUGUGUGUGUGUGUGUUUGUGAUGAUGCGUUUUACGGAGAAGCAUGUACAAUGGGAAUGAUUCCCCACCCCCACCCCCCCAAAAUUCAUGUACAAGGUAAGUGACCUCCCUGCAUAUCAUGUACAUGUGUACAAAAUUGAUGACCCCCCAACCCCCUUAAAAUCCUCAUCAUCCACCCUUAGCCAUUAAUUAUGAACGGUCCCUUACAUGUCAAGUUUCACUUUUAUCAUGGCAAGCAAGAAAGAUUGAAAUAUUCUUAUGUAUGUAUGUUAUUGACCAAAGUCUUUCAUGUUUGGCAAGAUAAAGAGGCUGGUUUACCAAAUACAUCAGAUUAUGCAUUAAGACUUACCAUCACUGAGGGGUGGGGAGUGACAUUUGUUAAUAUGAAACUAAUGUUAUAUUUUCUGUUGCCUUGGUGACAUUUGGUUGUAUGGAACACAUUCUCCUACCCCGGGUGAUUCAAUGGUUGAUACACAAUGGUGUUACCCACCUUGCAGGAAUCUUUGGUAUGUCACACCAAACAGAGUCGGUUUUAAACAUUAGUACUGUUACAGUCUUAGCCUUGACAUUUGUUAAUGCAUUCUUUUUUAAUGUUUUCAACGCAUGCAGAUAAUUUUUCUUGCAAUUUUGAUUGUUUGUAAGAUUUUACAAUAAGUUUAAAUAUUUGUUGUUGUGACAAUAUAAUUCAUUCUCCGUUAUAUUAGGCCAAAUAAAAAAAAAUUGUGGUUCCGAUUACACCUCUUAAAAAUUUAGGGUAGGUAGGUUUGUACUUUUCCAGAAGUAAAGUACAAACUAAUAACACAUUUAUCAAUGUGUAAUUGUUUAUUCAAUCAAGCUUGCAGCCAUCAUAUCGACUUUCUAUAUCAGAGUGACAUAUCUGUUGGUGCCGGGACAAAAACAAUGGUAUCUGAAAGCUUAUAUUAUUCAUUCCGCUUAAAAAAAAUAGGGUCAGCACCAGAAUUCAAGGGUCGGUAUGGGGAUUCGGAACCACAACAUUUUUAUUUUUAGGCCUUAGCAAAAUAAUUUUAAACUGUUUUCUCCAAGAAAGAUUUCUUCCUGUGACAAACCUCACAUGCCUUCUAUUGAACACACUGGUCCUCAAUAGCCUGGUGAGUGAAUCAGAGGCUAAAGGCAUGGUGUUAUGGUUUGAAGCAGUUUGAAGCAGUGCCAUUUAAGACAAUUGUUGCUUUCGGAAUGUAUGUAUAUUUGGCAUUUCAUUGGUAAGAUUUUUCAGCAAAUGGACGAUAGUUGGUGGUAAGUUAAAACAUACCAAAAUGAUCAUCAGUAGUCUCCUAUCUUGUGUCCACAAAGGGGACAUUUGUCAUGAUUAAUAGUGAUUAGUGUUUAAGUAAGUGACACCCUCCCCCUGCAUAUCAUGUACAAAAUCAAUGACCCCCUCACCAGUACAUGUGUACAAAAAUGAUUCCAUCCCACCUCCCCGAAGAAAAUGGUUGACUGCCCCUUAAAAUCAUCAUCACCCCCCUAGCCAUAAAUUAUGAAUGGCCCCUUAACUGACUAGUCUAGCUUUACACUGCCAGGACCAUGAACUAACUGAGUGUGUUGCCAAGAAACUUUGUUGACACAAGAACACAUUUCAUCACAUUUUUAUGGAAUAUUUUUCAUUUUGCAUAUUUCAAAAAUCUACAGAAUACUUUGUAUAACAGGCAGUCAAUAUCCUAAGAAAUUUCUUCUAAACCUGCAGAGUUAUCUCCCUUUGUUUCCAGAUAGAAUCAGAGUAUACAUGGCAGUAAUUUGUUGACCAUGAUGAUAGUAUAAUUUUUCCCCUCUGUUAACAAUGUUUCAGCAAUGUCACAUAUGUUCAAGUAAAGAAAUCCAUUUGUAUCCAUGUAAGAAAUUGAACUUUGACCUUUAGCUUUUGUGGUGUAAAGUGUUUCUGUAAAUCAUCCAAUAUUUAAUGCUGAUGAAUUGAUACGGGUAUUACAGUUUUGGAUCUUAAGUCUUCAGUGUUUUUGCAACUGUUUUCAGUUGCAAAGCAAUUUGAUAAUGAAUGUCAUUUUUAGCUCAAAUCCAAUUUUCAAGUGUAUACUUCAUUUUGCACUGCAUUUUUUUUAUCAUAUGAUGGAGAUUUUGCUUUGUUGAAGAAUAUUUAGGCACAAUUUGACUUAAUAUCAUGCUGUAGUUCUCUUCCUUCUUUGUUCAUUAUAAGAACAUUCCACAAUUCUCAGACUAACCAUUACAUGCCCUCACUCAAACAAAUACUGGUUUUGCAGACCUACCUCAUGAGAGAGUACUCAACUUUUGUUAAGGAUAUCAGCCAAUACCAGUAUUUAAUCAAACAUAAGUGUUAACUGUUUGUCUAAUAUUCAGGUUAUGCUAUUGUAGCUUCAUGCUUAUUAUUGCUGGUUUGUAAGAAGAAAAUGGUUUGUGACAUUUUACACUCGUGUUUUGUCUUGCCGCUACCGUUAGGAGUGUCUAGGGAAUGCCUCAUGUAUCUCCACAUUCCAUUCUAUAAUUUGAAUAACAUUUCUUCUUUCUAGUCAAGUUUCAAGGUUAAAACAUUUCUCCCAAUAAACAAGGAUCUGUAGUGGAAAGAAGUGACAGAAUCUAAACAACAAAGGAAAAGAAAAACAUUUUCCUCAAUAGACAAGAAUCUUGAUAGGUUAAAAAUAGAUAAAAGGUUCAACCUGCAUUGUAUUAGCUGAAAGAAUAACCAGUAAAGUAAGUUGUCUUGAGUCCAUAUUUGAAAAUGUUUUACAUGAUGAGUGUCAUCAAAAUAUCCCUUGUAAAAGGAGAGUAAUAUGAUAUUAAAAAGAGAGUACUAUAUUGAAAAGAGAGUAAUAUGAUAUGAAAAGAGAGUAAUAAUAUAUAAAGAGAGUACCGUAAUAUGAUAUGAAAAA